AAACUGUCAACCUGCUCCACUCUGAACUGAUUAACCUGCAGAUAGAGCCAUGACGUCCAUAUUAAACAACAUGAAUGGCACUACGACUAGCUUUCUGUUUGAUAAGCUCUAUGGAACCAAGCAGCACACCGCUGGUGCUGAACUCCAGUUACCUCGCAAGGUUCCUAUGCGGGUCGAGCCCAAAUCCUAUUUUGCUAAUGAACGGACUUUCCUAAGCUGGAUGGGAAUGGCCAUCACGCUCGGGGGCGUUUCCUCAGCCCUGGUGGGCUUUUCCGGGAGCUCGGAGGACGCGACAGAAAACUUGAUAUCGCAGCGCACGAUCGAUGUGGUUACUUGCAUCUACUCGCCGCUGUCCGUCCUCAUUAUGUGCUACGCCCUGUUCACAUUUGAGUGGCGCAGCAAAUUCAUGCGCACGAAGCAGAUUGGCUUCUUCGACGACAAGGUCGGCCCCAUCACGGUGGCGGUGCUGGUGCUGCUCACGCUGGUCACCAUCUUCACGGUGGCGCUCAUCGACUACCUCUUCUGAGGGCCUCUGCCUCCUCUUGUGAAAGGGGAGCAACCGCUCUUGUGGGGGGCUUGUGAGGGUCUCACUUGAGGGCCAACCCGCUGUGAGGAUGCGGCUUCUCCGCUAGGCGGCGGAUGAGUCGGCUCAGGAAGUGCUGGGGAGUCAGGAGGCGGCUGUUGCGAUAGGUCGGAGGACGGGAGAAGGCGGCUUGGGAGGGUUCAUGAGGGUCCAGAGUUGAGAGUGCGGAUUAGGGCGUCCGUCGCGGGAAUUGCGGGGGAGUAGAAGGCUACGACUGCGACUGCAUAAAUGCAAAAGCUGGCCGACCUGAUCUGAUUCGCCGCCUGUGGGUGCGCAGAGCAGAGCAGGGGCGGGCAGAGGAGGGGUGCUGCGAUGGGGAUUAGUUGUGGUGGUUAUACGGUGUGCUUGCCUCGGACCAUGGAAUGCCUGCGGAGGCGGGUGGAAAUGCCUGGACAGCUGUAUAGCGGGGCUGUGGGAGGAGCUGAGUGAUGUGGGGGGUUGCGGGUUGAGGGAGGCUUCUGAUGCUGGACCGCCGUAGCCGCGGUGCGGGGUGGUGGUGGCAACGUGUGUCGUCUUGGGCAUGCAUGCAUUUGGGAUGACAGCUAGCUGCGCGCUGGCUGGGCGGUGUAAUUUGUUUGCGGCUAGAAGGGAGCUGUGGUUGCUGACUUUUUGACCAUAUCGGUAGGGGGGGUUUGCCUUGCCGCGGAGUGCGCUGCCAGAGACAGAAGAGGGAGAGAGGUUAGAGGGCCAGAGAGGAACCAGAGAGGAACCGAACCGUGUGGUAACAAUGCAUGAGUGCGCCGAGUGGGGCGGCUGUCAUUGGCGCGUGUGUGUGGCGUGUGGGGUGUCUUCAGCGGGGUGUGUCUUUGAGGCCUGCAGAGGAGGCCCCAGUCAACGGCGAUAUAGAAGUGGGAGAGCGGGUCAGGGCAGGUUGGCAGCUGCGUGAAUCAACGAAUGUGGACACAGUCUUGAGGCGCUCGCAUGUGUGGAGAAACCUCCUCAAAUGAAAGGAGUUUGUUUCUGUCUCCCCGCCUUGGAGCUCCAAAGCCUGAACAGUUUGCCUGCGGUUUACCUGCCGAAGAGGAUCCUAACUGCGCGACGGUCUGUUUACAUGGCUGUCACAUCUGUUUGCUACACGCAGGGAUGGUUAACUGGUUAUGUAUGUGUACGGAAGUGUUCGGAGUUGCACGAACGGAGCUGCGCAAGCUCCAACCUCAGCGUUGUUCGUUAUGUACGACUACCGGUACCUUGCCCGGUGCUCCUACCAGCAAGAGGGAGUCUGUGCCUUGACCCAUGAGGCACGCCAUGCUCCGGGUUGUCGAGAGUAUGUGGCUGGGUGAGUAGGAGGGUACGAGAGCCCCAAUGCCAACCGGGCCCAUGGGUCCGCCAAGCAGGGUCCCCAGGCACACAUGCAAUGAAAAAUCUCUUUUU